CGCGUCCUUGCUGCUGCCACAGACACCUGUUCAUUAGUGCCGCAGACGCCCACCGCAGCUGUUGUCUUCUGCUGCUACUGCCGCCGCUGCUCUGCUGCCACGGGAGACUAGAUCACAGAUGGCGAUGUGGGUGCAGCUGCUGCUGGCGGUGCUGGCGGGCGCCGGCCUGGCGCACGACGGCGUGCAGAACGCGCUGCACUUCAGCAACGAGUGGGUGGUGCGGCUGGAGGGCGGGCCGCGGGCGGCCGGAGCGCUAGCCCAGGAGCUGGGAUACGUCUUCCUCGGCGCGGUGCCGGGAUUCCCAGACACGUACCGCAUGCUUCGCCACGACCAUCCACCGACGCAGAAGAGGGCAUCGCAUACCAUGACUCAGAGGCUGGCAGCUGACGCAAGGGUGCUGUGGGCUGAGCAACAGUUCUCCAAGAGCCGAGUGAAGAGGGAGGACCUACCAGUGCCCAAACAGUCGGAGAUGCUCUUCAACGACGAGCUCUGGGACCAAGAGUGGUACCUGAGGGACACCCGCACGCGGCCAGACCUGCCCAAGCUGGACCUGCACGUGUUGCCUGUGUACGCGGCGGGCGUCACCGGUAGGGGUGUCCGCGUUGUCGUGCUGGACGACGGCGUGGAGAGGACGCACGACGACCUGCGCGACAACUACGAUCCGAACAUAAGCUUCGAUGCCAACGAUGACGACCCCGACCCGACGCCACGUUACGACCCGUCGGGCUCCAACGCGCACGGUACGCGCUGCGCCGGCGAGAUCGCCAUGGCUGCCAACAACGGCAAGUGCGGUGUGGGCGUCGCCUUCAACGCCCGCAUCGGAGGGGUGCGUUUGCUGGAUGGUGACGUCAACGACAGGGUGGAGGGCGUGUCGCUGGGCUGGGCGCACCAGCUGGUCGACAUCUACAGCGCCUCCUGGGGGCCCAACGACGACGGCCGGACCGUAGAGGGCCCGGGGCGGCUCGCAACUGAAGCCAUCGAGAGGGGCAUCCGAGAGGGCCGUGGCGGCAAGGGCGCCAUCUACGUGUGGGCGUCCGGCAACGGCGGCAGCCGCGGCGACAACUGCAACUGCGACGGCUACAUCAAUAGCGUGUACACGCUGUCCAUCGGGUCGGCGUCGCAGCACGGCCAGUUCCCCUGGUACGGCGAGCGCUGCGCCGCCACGUUCGCCACCGCCUACUCCAGCGGCGCCUACUCGGACCAGAUGAUCGCCACGACGGACCUGCGCAACUCGUGCACCAUCCGGCACACGGGCACGUCUGCCGCAGCGCCCCUCGCUGCAGGCAUCAUUGCGCUCGCUCUGGAGGUCAACCCGGAGCUGACGUGGCGCGACGUGCAGCACCUGGUGGCCUGGACAGCCGAGUGGGCGCCGCUGAGCGACAACCGCGGCUGGUCUCGCAACGCAGCCGGCUUCCGCGUCAACACCCGCUUCGGCUUUGGCCUGAUGAACGCCUUCGCCCUCGUCUCGGCCGCCGCCAACUGGACUAACGUGCCGCCCAAGGCCAUCUGCUCCACCCCCAUGACGCCCACGGACAACACGUCGAUAAGGCAAGGCGUUCUGACAGUGGCGCACUUCCACACGGACGGGUGUGUGGGCACGGAGCGCGAAGUCAAUUUCCUGGAACACGUGGAGUUGCAAGUGAACCUGCGCUACUCCCUGCGGGGCGCCCUCGAGAUAUACCUCACGUCCGCUGCAGGAACGAGAGUGGAGUUGCUGAGCCCAAGGAAACUGGAUACGUCCAACGAAGGUUUCAAAGACUGGAAAUUUAUGUCGGUGUUAACGUGGGGCGAGAGACCAUCUGGAAUUUGGACAGUAGAAAUCAUCGACAGGCAAGGCGGCUCAGCGAACAACAGCGGAGAGCUUAUCUCGGCGUCGCUGAUUCUGCACGGCACCAAGGAUGCGCCUCAACAUCUGAAGAGCGGACCCAGAGCUUACGAUGAUGACUACAACCACGUGCACAGAAAGAUGGCGUUCAUCCAGCCUGUGGAAAAGCGGCUGCCGCUAGACCUUUUGCAAGAGACAGACGCUGCCUUGGACUGGGCCGAUAUCGUCGGCGUACCACUGGCUCUAAGGAGCCAGCCUGAUUUCAGGGAAAUGCUGUUGAGGCUGUGGCUCAGUCGCAUCAAGGACCAGGAGACAGCGUAACAUAUUGAAGACUGCCCCACACUGGAAGAGUAGACUGUACAGUACAAUAACACAAAUUUUUUGCCAGUUGGUUGUAUUAUUGAAAACAUGAAAUAAACAGUAGGUAAUAAAGUGCUAUUUUAAUA